ACACUUUUGUACUAUUUGUCUUCCUCUAGUUUGAGAUGGUUUUUGAUUGCCUUGGGGCUACCUUCGUCUAGUCUGUCCGCGUUCCCUGAUUGUUUGUAUUCAAAAUUCCAGUGACUCAUGCCUAACGAGGCGACUUCGGAAUCUGUACAGAUUUGCAAUGACGAAGGCAUCAUACAGCCACCUUUAGACAUUAAGAACAACAUUGAUAAGAUUGCCUCGUAUGUUGCCAGAAAUGUGGGUGGCGAGGCUAGGGUGUUGGCGGACUUGGGGAACAACCCUUCCUUUGGGUUUUUGCACGUGGGGAAUCCUUAUUUUGCCUAUUACAUGCAGAAGGUGCGCUGCGAGCGCAACGCGUUAGAGAGUCAGAAGUCGGCCGAGUCGGCGACCAAGGUGACGGCUAAGGUGUCGGAGGAGUCUAAGGCGGUGGAGGCCCCGCCGAAGCGAGAGUGGAUAUUUGAGUCCGACAUUACGAAGAUUCCCCCGUUGGAUCUCGAGAUAAUCAAGUUGGUGUCGCAGUUUGUGGCUAGAAAUGGUCAGUCGUGUCAGAUGGGUCUUUGGAAUCGAGAAUCGAAGAAUCCGCAGUUUGAUUUUUUGCAGCCCCUGCACCCGUACAACCAGUUGUUUCAGCACUUGGUGGAGUGUUACACGAGGGUCAUAUACCCCGCGGAGGGGUUGGCCGAGUACCACGAGAAGUGCGCGUCGAGCAAGCAGGAGAUCAUUAACAGGAUUAUGAGGAGGCGAGAUUGGAAUCGGUCCCAGAUAAAGACUGAGGAGCAGUUACGCGCUGAGGAGGAGGCCGAGCGUUCGGCGAUGGCUUCCAUAGACUGGAACGACGCGGUUAUAGUGGACACGAUUACCUUUGACCCGAGUGAGGACAUGCAGUUGCCGCAGCCGGUCGACAAGAGUGAGAUAGCGACCAUUUGCAAUAUGGCGAAGGUGCGCGAGGAGGAGGCCGCCAAGCAGCUUUUGAUCCAGAAGCAGGGGAUUGAGAAGGCGGUCGUGGACGCGAUAAACGCGUCGAUGCAGAGCACGACUGCGGCCGCGUCUGAGGCGUCUGCUGCGGCGGGCCGGUCGUUUUCUCCCGACCAGAAGUUUCCGGCCGAUUAUCGUCGCGGCGCGCGAAAGUUGGUUAUGAUGUGUCCCAUUUGCGUGCAGGCCAUUCCCGCGGACGAGCUCGAGGAACACAUGAAGAUUGAGUUGUCUCGGGCCGGCGCGGGUCUCGUCGACAAGCCGAACAAGAACUCGACCUUCCCCGAGCGAACGGCCAUGGUUGCCGAGGGCGACGAAAUCGCGAGUCAUCUGGCCAAAAUGGCGAAGAGGAGAAAAGACAUAUUUGGAGACGAAGAGGACGUGAUGUUGGAGCCCGCGGAAGCUACUGCCACGCUUUCCAGCACAGCUGUUGACAAAGACAUGGAUAACAUGAUCAGCGACCCCAAUUACGCGAAUUUCAAUAGAAACGCACCUUUUUCUCACAACGGGAAAAGGCCGCUCAAUCCCGGCCCCACUGGCUCUCCCGGCUUUCCCUCUCCCGUGGCCUACUCUCCUCACCAAUCUCCCCAGCCCGGAAUCUACGUGAACAAGCCCUCUGGCGAGUAUAGCGCGGCUCAGCCCUACCCGGCGCAAGCGAACUACGUUGCGCCCUCUCACCUGAACGUUUUUCCCUCUGGAUACCACAACUAUCCCAUGCUGGACGUCUCGGGCCAGUACCCGCCCUCGCUGAUGCACGCGUCUGCCGAGUCGGUCUCCCAGAACAGGCCCAACGGCCUGGACGAGGCCGCUCUGAGCGCGAAGCGCCCGAAAGCCAACAAGUACAUCGAGCUGGUUCCUGAGAAGGAGUGGCUGGAGCGGUAUCCUGGCGCCGUGAAAGUCAGGAUCGUCGCGGCGGACAGCGAGAUCUUGCCCGACAACAAGUCCCAGGUCGAACUGGAUCUGGAGCUGAGCUCGACGGUCAAAGACGUCAAAGAGAAGCUCGUCAACAGCUACGCGGUUUCCGCGCCGGUGAACAAGCAGGCCCUGCGGAUCGAAGAGCUCGGGUUCCUCAAGGACAAGCUGAGCCUCGCUCACUACAACUUCAAGCCCGGCAACGAGCUCAUUCUGUCCACCAAGGAGCGCGGAGGCCGCAAAAAGUGAUGAAAAAAAUAAAUAAACAAAUUUGACAAUUUUUUUUUUUAGUCGC